AUGUCUUUGUCAACAUCCGCUUUAGCACCACAACCAACUACUGCACUUGAUGGAAAUAAAACAUCAGCUAUUGAAGUCAUUGUACUUCAUGACCAAUCUCUCUCUGGAGUUCUGGUUUGGAUAAAUAUAUUUCUGGUGGUAGUAGUAUCAUCUAUCUUACUUUUUGAAGUAGUUCGUCGGAGUCGAAGAUAUACCCAUAUCUAUUAUACACGUAGUGAUAUUUCACCUGAACACGCGCCAAAGUAUCCAACAGCAUUGUUUGGAUGGAUAUGGCAAGUCUUCAAGACACCAGAUAGCUAUAUUCACAAAGAUGUUGGACUGGAUGCAUUCAUGUUACUAUCAUAUCUGCAAAUGUCUUUUAAAUUUUUUUCAAUUUUGGCUGUAUUUAUGAUAUUUAUUUUAAUUCCAGUCAAUUAUUAUGCAAACAGCACCGAAUCACAAUCCUUUAACAUUACUACAUCAGAAACAGUUUUGGAAGUUGCAGCAAAGUCUAUUAGCUACUUUUCAAUCGACAAUGUUCGUGAUGGAUCAAAUAUGCUAUGGAUUCAUGUUGCAUGCACAUAUGGUGCAUCAAUGCUAGCAUAUUUUUUUCUAUAUCAAAGUUACAAGACAUAUACUGCAUCAAUCGUAGCAUUCUUGAGUGGCAAAACACCAGCAGACCCAUCUCAGGAAGUUAUGUUUCGAACUAUUCUCAUGACAAACUUGCCAGAACGACUUCGGCAUGAACAUCAGUUGAAACUGUGGCUAAAAUCUCUAAAUUUGGGAGAUAUUGACAGUAUUUUCAUGGCAGCCGAUGAUGAUGCAAAUAUUCUAAAGAUCAUUAAACGCCGCGAUCGAAAUUUACGCAAGCUGGAAAAAGCAUAUAUGACAUGGGCAAUCAAUCUGUCAAAGGAGUUCAAACAUCAAAGAUUUUCUGGAAUAAUGGGGUAUUGCUUCCGAAUGUCGGGGUGCUCACCCUCACAAAUGAGUGAGCUUCAUCUUCAGCCAAUGGAUGUUCCAAAGGAAAAGUUGACAAAUGAGAUUUUGCAACGUACUCGACCACUUCGUAUCAGAACAGUUGGAGGAAUGAUAGUUCGUCAGGAUGCAAUUAGAGCAUACGAUAGUAAAAUCAGAAAUAUGACAGAAAGUAUAAUAUGGGCACGCACAAAGAUUGUUGCUACAUCGACAUUGGCUCGGGAAAUGCCAACAAUUUUCAACGCACAUUCCUCAGUUCUUGUCGCCAAUGAAACAAAAACAGCUGCACUCUUUGAAAAUACAAACUUUAAUGGAAACUCUUCAGAGCAUGAAGAAGCCGACUAUAUGGUGAAUACGAAUCAAUCGACUGCGCACAAACCCAAUAUUCCACCUGAAUAUAAAAAACGGGCUAGUAUUACUGGAUCAUUAGCAGCUCUAACGAAAAUUGACAUGGCAAUUUACAAACAGUUUAAUGCAUGUUCUUGUUCUGCGUUUGUUACAUUUAAAGAUCGUCGAUCAGCAUUUUGCGCACAGCAACUUUCACUUCAGGAAACAAAAGAUCCAUUUCCAAUCCAUAUUCAAGCAGCUCCAGAACCAAAAGAAAUAAUAUGGAAAAGUCUUGCUUUAUCUCUCAUGGAAACAGUAAUUAAACGCGGACUUGUAGAUAUUUUUGUAUACACCCUUUCUCUCUGCUGGAUUGUCCCCACAUCUUUUGUUUCCAAGUUUUCGCGGUUGGACGAACUUGGUCUUCAGCCAGAGUAUCGACAAUUUGUUAUUUUCGUAAAUCAAUACUCAUGGUUGCGCAUACUCGUUGUGUCAAUUCUACCACCGCUGAUUAUUCAACUUUUUAACAUCAUUAUGCCAUAUGUUUUUGACGCAUUCUCUGGACUGCAGGGAUAUGAAAGCACAUUUAAAGUUCAAAAGGCAACAUUUGCAAAAUACUUUUUUUUUCUAGUGUUUAAUGUGCAUUUUGUAUUUACCAUAUUUUCGGCAGCAUGGGGAUCUUCGUCUAAUUUUUUUGCAAGUCCAUUGGCUUGGGUCGAAAAUAUUGUUACAAAACUUCCUUCAGGAACAUCGUUUUUUAUCAACUAUCUGAUUUUAAACGUUAUCUUGACUCCACUUGAACUACUUCGACCUGUGGCAUAUGUCAUCACAAUAUGGGGAAGAAAAUGGCGCACCACCCCACGAGAAUACUACGAGCUUGAUAUUAUGGCAAGCACAUUAAACUACGCAUUUACGUAUCCACCACAGAUUUUGGUAUUCGCAAUUGUAUUGUGCUACUCGAUCAUUUCCCCGAUUGUGCUCAUUCCUGGUGCAAUCUAUUUUGGCGCAACGUGGCUGAUUCUAAAAAACCAAAUCAUGUAUGUUUAUGUGAAAAAAACGGAAGAUUACGGGCGAAUGUGGAUUAUGGCAUACCAUCGAUCGGUUCUUGGACUUGGAUUAUUUCAAUUUACCACUGCUGGGCUAAUGUCUGCAAAAAAAGCACCGAUUGCAGCCACUGUGUGCGGAGCUCUUGUAAUUUUAACAUGGUUUUUUUAUCGAACAUGUCAAUCGUUGUUUGAAAAGCAUACUCGGUUUGCACCAAUUGAAUCACUUUUGGUGCAGAAUGGAGUUUCCAGCUCUGUUCACAAAAGCGAUGAUGUGUCAGCACAUUGCAACUUGCAGGGUAGAGAAAUGCAGGAUGCAGGGGUUUUAGAAUUGAACAUUCCACGUUCAAGUCUGAAAUCAUCUUGCAAUUUAGCAGCCACGUCAAGUCCAAGCUCGGUAGAUGAUAACCCGUUUGGAAACCAAAGUGUAACAGAAAUAUCGACUUGCGAUUAUUCAAAUCAAAAGGCUACAAACGUUCAAAAUCUGCAAUCCCUGUCACCUGAAAGUGCUAAUUUUGACAAACCAUCCAAAGUCUCGAUAAGCAUAAGUGUGCCAACACCGUGGUAUGAUCAUCAACAAGAUGAUAGCGAAAGAUGCUUGGGAAAACAGAAAGAUAACAAAGAUAUGAUCACUGAGAUUGGUUUAAAAAGACUAUCACUUACAGGACCGGUAUUUAACGCCAAGGAUCAUCAGCAACAAAAUUACACACUGAGCUACAUGUCACCUGCUUAUUCAACACCAUUAGCAGAGCCAUGGAUUCCAGAAUACAUUUCUGAGAUUGUAAAAGAAUAUGGUAACACACAGGGUCCAGAAAAUAUCGUGUCAAUGCAUGCAGCAUAUCCAACAAGAUGCCAAUCAAUGGAUAGUUUAGUUUAA